AUGGGUGAGAUUAGCGCUGGGACCAGCGUUAGUGUUCACUCGUUUUAUCAGGCCGGCCACAGUGCCUCCAUGCGCGGCAGUGGAGCAGCCAUGCGACGCAGCAGUGUUCAAGCACAAACGAGUCCAAUUCUAGUGGUGAUCGCAGGGGGAGACGUGGGCGAAGUCAAAGAACUCUCAUUGGAUGAGAUGACAAUAGCUUUCAAGGGCAAGUCCACAUUGAAAUUGUACAAUCCGAACAAACCGGAUAAAUAUGGUUUCAAGGCAUUUGUUUUGAGUGACGCCAAGUCAGGGUAUGUUCUGGAGUGGUCCCUGUACACUGGACAGCAUGGUGAUGAGGCCACUGAUGUAGGUGCCACCCAUCUUCUAGUUCGGCAGCUGAUGGCCCAGCACAUAGGGAAAGGGCAUGAGCUAUUUAUGGAUAGCUACUACACGUCACCAGCUGUAGCAAAUGAAUUGGCCAAUAAUGACACUGGCUUGUGUGGGACAGUCAGUAGCCAAAGGCGAGGUAUGCCAAAGGCUAUGAGAAAAACUGAGUUGCCCUUGGCCAGAGGAGAUGACCCAGUGUUCAUGAGGAAUGGCAAAAUGUUGGCAUGUGCGUGGCAUGACAUAAAGCGUUUCCAUUUGUUGUCCACUCUUCAUGGGAACUCGUGUGUCCGGAAACGGAUCAGAUCCAAAAACACAGACAGUGGCUUUCGGAACAUAAAUAAACCAGUGUGUGUGGAUAGGUACAAUUCAUUCAUGGGGGGAGUAGACACAGCUGACCAGAGGAUGAAAACCUACCUCUUUCCACAUCGGUCAAAGAAGUGGUAUAGUCGGAUUGUGAACGCAAUCCUUAGCAUAAGCGUGGUCAAUGCCCAUAUAAUUUACUGCAGCAUGACUGCCGGUCCACACAAGACACUGAAGGGCUUUGUGCAGGAUGUUAUUACUUCUCUGCUUGAGGGCUUCUCCAAGAGAGAAAAAAAAAUACGGGGAAGGCCUUCAGCAGAGGGGGGAGAAAGGCCACUGAGGCUUACAGAACGCCACUGGCUCUGUGCUGCUGACGAUCGUCCAGACUGUGCUGUUUGCUCCGAUCGUAGCCGCCCUAAAGGUCGUCAUCAGACACAAUACAGGUGCAAACAGUGUGGGGUAGGCCUGUGUGCUGUUCCAUGCAAUGAGAGGUUCCACACCCUGACAAACUAUAAACAGUGUCAUCUGGAUAGAUAG